AAAAACACACGCCGUUCUCCUUUCACCCAGCACUCCAAUAACACACGCCGUUCUCCUUCCACCCAGCACUCCUAAAACACACGCCAUUAAUACUUGAUCAUCAUGCUUUCAUGCAAAUCCAUUGCUUCCCUCCUUAUUCUCGGAUUGUGCGCUAGUUCCGUCACUGCACUCGAGGACCCCAGGACUACGAGGAUCAAAGCCGAAUUGAUCGCCUUUUGUCAAAGUCUCAACGGCGAGCUAGGUGCUGCUGGCACAAACUGCUUCGACAUUAGCGGCCCCUUUCACAGUGCGAUAUUGGCGGCAAAAGCUACAACGGCGGCUGGUGCGUGUGAACGCUCCGAUUUGGCUGAUCAGCUGCUCGCCAACUUUGGUGGUCGCCCUGGCGUAGCUGAACUCGCUGAGGAGAUGAGGCAUGCUCCCAUUAACGUCAUUCCCCCCAAACAACUCCCUGGUGUCGACCCUCCUUGCGUUAGGGGCGCUAAACUCAGAGCUAGGAACGCCCGCAUAUCUCAGUAGGGAGGACUUUGCAGCAGCCGAGCUUCAACUCUAUUAUUGAGGUUCAAUAAUUUUUGUACGUAGUCAUGAUGUACAUGAGAUUCAGUGUAGUUGUCGGCAGGUGGCAACAGGACAAGCAUGUAAUAGGAGCCUUAAUUGCACGUAGGAUACAGC